AUGUCAGCACCCGUACGUCCACCACAAAAACAUUACUCCCCUCGUACACCUGAACAUAUAAAAAUUGACAAUAUUAUAAAUGGUAAAAAAAAAAUUAAUAUUAAAAAACCAGAAGGUGAUGAAAAAGAUGGAAAUAAAAAAAAUUAUAAAAUAAUAAAUGUUGGAGGUAAAAUUUAUGACAAUAGAAGACCCAAUGAUUCAUGUCCAAUUCUUAAAACUAAAGGAACCUCUAAUGUGAAUCUUAAUAACAGUGCAAAAUGUGGAAGUUUAAAUAAUCAAAAUAAUUUUAAAUCAAAAACAAGCAUAAAUCUUUCUGAAAGAAAUAAUAAAAAAAAACAAAAAGUUUCAAGUAUAAAUAUUAAAGAGGAGAUUAAAGUUCCUCAAAAUUAUUUGGGUGAUAAUGAUCAUGGAGAAACAAAUGAUGAUGACUUAAAUGUAAUAGAAAAAAGAGAAAAUAUUUUUGCUCUUGAAAAAAAUACAGUAGAACAGUAUGAUAAAAGAAAAGAUUUUUGUAAUAAUUUAUUAGCAAUAAAAAAUUUUAGAUCACUCUUAAUUUGUCCUGCAUUCAAAGAUCCUAAAUAUAAACCAACUGAUUAUACCAAAAAAGCAUGGCUUGAAAAUCCUUCUUUGAAUCGUUUUAAUGAUGUUUUUUGUAUUGAUAGUACAAGAGUUAUUUUAAAACGUUAUUUUUCUAACAGUAACAAGUCAACUGCUGCAUCAAAUUUAUGUCAAAAUAUUCAUAAUCAGGCGUUAAAAGCAAAGAAAAAAAAUGAUUAUAUUCAUGCUAAUUAUGUUAAAAUUCCAUUUUCUGAUUAUGUUUAUAUUUGUACUCAAGGACCACUUCAAAAUACAAUUGAAGAUUUUUUAUUAAUGUGUUGGCAAGAAGAUAGUAAAGUUAUUGUAAUGUUAUGUGAACUUAAGGAAGAUGAUACUGAAAAAUGUUGUAAAUAUUGGCCUGAAGCUAAAGAAGUUGCUACUUUUGGAAGAAUUUGUGUUUACAAUGAAAGAGAAGAUACUAGAAAGUAUGAAGGAAUUGUAAUAAGAACAUUGAAGAUUCAGUUAGGUGAAACAAAAAAAGUAAUAAUACAAUUUCAAUUAAAAUCAUGGCCUGAUCAUUUAGUACCUUCUUCAUCAACUAUUUUAGUAACAUUACUUCGUGAAGUUCAAUUAAUAAGUUCUAGAAAUCCUAUUGUAGUACAUUGUAGUGCUGGAAUUGGGAGAACAGGAACUUUUAUAGGAAUUCAUUAUGCUAGUGAAAGAUUUAAAAAUCAGAAAAAUGAAGAUAUAACAUUAUUAGAUGUAAUAAGAGAAAUAAGAUCACAACGUCUUCAAUCUAUUCAAACAACAAUUCAGUAUGCCUAUCUUAACAUUUGUCUUCUGGAAUAUUUUGCACUAGAUAACAUUAUCGAGUAUGAUGAUAAUGUUAAACAGUUUAUAAAUAAAAAUAUUUCAUUUAUUCAGGAAUAUGCAAGAAGAUUACUUGCCAAAAGAACCAAAGUUAAUUUAACAAAAAAUAAAGAUACACAAGAAUAA